AUGCGGGAGGGCCCCGGGCCGGAGGAGUCGGAGCCGGGCUCCGAGGCGCCGUGCGCGGGCUCCUGCCACGCGCAGCGCGUCCUGCAGACCCUCAACGCUUACCGGCGGAGCGGCACCCUCACCGACGUGGUGCUGCGCGCCGGCGGCCGCGACUUCCCGUGCCACCGCGCCGCGCUCAGCGCGGGCAGCGCCUACUUCCGCAGCCUGUUCGCGGCCGGCCGGCCAGAGCGCGGCCCGGCCCUGGGGCCCGCGGUGCCCGUCGUGCCGGUGGCGCCCGAUGCGCCCGGCGCGGGCCCGGCCGCGGCGGCGGCGGCGCUGGCCGUGGUGCUCGACUACGUGUACGGCGCGGGCGUGCGGCUGCGCGCCGAGGACGAGGCGGCCGCCGUGCUGGCGCUGGCCGAGCGGCUGGGCGUGGCGGGCCUGCGCGAGGCCUGCGCGCGCUUCCUCGAGGGCCGCCUGCGCGCCACCAACAGCCUGGCGCUGCGCCGCGUGGCCGCCGCCUUCUCGCUCACGUCGCUGGCCGAGCGCUGCGGCCGCGUGCUGCGCCAGGCCUUCGCCGAGGUGGCGCGCCACGCGGACUUCCUGGAGCUGGGGCCCGACGAGGUGGCGGCGCUGCUGGCCGACCCGGCGCUGGGCGUGGCGCGCGAGGAGGCCGUGUUCGAGGCGGCCAUGCGCUGGGUGCGCCACGACGCGCCGGGCCGCCGCGGUCAGCUGCGGCGCCUGCUGGAGCACGUGCGCCUGCCGCUGCUGGCGCCCGCCUACUUCCUGGAGAAGGUGGAGGCGGACGAGCUGCUGCAGGCCUGCGGCGAGUGCCGCCCGCUGCUGCUCGAGGCCCGCGCCUGCUUCAUCCUGGGCCGCGAGGCCGGCGCGCUGCGGGCCCGGCCGCGGAGAUUCAUGGACCUUGCUGAGGUGAUCGUGGUCAUCGGCGGUUGCGACCGCAAGGGGCUCCUGAAGCUGCCCUUCGCCGACGCCUACCACCCAGAAAGCAGGCGCUGGACCCCACUGCCCAGCCUGCCCGGCUACACGCGCUCGGAGUUCGCCGCCUGUGCUCUCCGCAAUGACGUCUAUGUCUCCGGAGGCCACAUCAACAGCCGUGAUGUGUGGAUGUUUAGCUCCCAUCUACACACCUGGAUCAAGGUGGCCUCGCUGCACAAGGGCAGGUGGAGGCACAAGAUGGCAGUCCUGCAGGGCCAGCUGUUCGCGUUGGGCGGCUUCGACGGCCUGCGGCGCCUGCGCAGCGUGGAGCGCUACGACCCGUUCUCCAACACCUGGGCGGCCGCGGCGCCCCUCCCGGAGGCCGUGAGCUCGGCCGCGGUGGCGCCCUGCGCCGGCCAGCUCUACGUGAUCGGGGGCGCGGGGCAGGACGGCGUCAGCACGGACAAGGUGCAGUGCUUUGACCCCAAGGAGGACCGGUGGAGCCUGCGGGCCCCAGCGCCCUUCUCGCAGCGGUGUCUUGAGGCUGUCUCCCUCGAGGACACCAUCUAUGUGGUGGGGGGCCUCAUGAGCAGGAUCUUCACCUAUGACCCUAGCACAGACGUCUGGGGGGAGGCAGCUGUCCUCCCCAGCCCCGUGGAGAGCUGUGGCGUGACUGUGUGUGACGGGAAGGUCCACGUCGUUGGCGGGAGGGAUGACCACGGGGAAAGCACCGACAGGGUCUUCACCUUCGACCCCAGCAGUGGGCAGGUGGAGGCCCAGCCGUCCCUGCAGCGCUGCACCAGCUCCCAUGGCUGCGUCACCAUUGUCCAGAGCCUGGGCAGGUGACUCAGACGUGGCCGGCCUGAGCCAGGGGGCGGAGAGGGAAGGGAGAAAGGCUCGCGACCGUGCUCCCCUCCUGGCCUCCAUGUAAAUAGCUUAACUUAUUGCCCCCUUUUCUUGUAGAAAUAAAACCUCAUUCAAAUGUUGCGUCUGUGUUCCGGCUCGAGCCUGCUUUGCCUGGAGAAGCAAUGCCCAUAUCUUCUCCCCGCUUCCCCAUUUACCUUGCAAAUAGCAGUGUGGACUUUUUAAAUUAUGAAAUAUUCCAUGCUUAAAAGAAUAUAUAUAUAUAUAUAUUUUGUACAGUUUAAGAGUAAUAAUAAAAUAAAUACUUACGUUCUCACCACCUAACUUAAGAAAUAGGUGGUUACAAAUGCCUUUGUAGGACUGUGUCUAGUUCCAAACCCACCGGUUCCCACACUCGUCCCAUAGGUAAUCGCUGUCCUUCAAUUUCAGAUUAUGAGCAUCUUUUUUUAUUUUUAGGCAGCUGGUUAUUGUUACCAGUAUUUUACAGAGAAGGAACUGCCUUAAAAUGAUGAGAAAUCGCCCAAGGCCACACACUUAGCAUGUGGCAGAGCCUGUGCCUCCUAAGGUUUCAUGAAGCUCCAGAAUCAGUGAGGCCCUCCUGGUCAGGAGGGUUCUCUCUAAGCCACCCUCUGCAAUUCAGACACCCAGGCAUGACAGAGAAAACGCAAAGCCGGAGGCAGAGCUUGUAGGGAGCAAACAUGUCCGAGGACCAGAAACAGAACUGCAGAACUGUGAGGAAGGCAGAUGCUUGCGCCCUGGGGUUCAGACCCUAGGAUGAAGGCCUUGGAAAGGGGAUUCCAAACCGGCCCACUGCUGGAAGCCAGGGCCGAGGUGGGGCUCCCCGCACAUGAAGGAAGCUGAAACAAAACACACAAACCUAAGCAGCCUUGGGGUGGAGGCUCGCAGCAAACUGCAGGCCCAGGGUGGCGGGGGCCGGAGCCACGAGCCUGAGAACCCAGCCAGCCCGGCUCUGCACCUGGACCUGCGAGGUCCCCGAUCAACACGGGGCACAAACCCCUGAUGCCAUUAGAAGCACCCAGGUUGGCCUCUGGCUCUAGGGACAGAAUCUAACUGCUGGGUUAGGAGAGGGGAGCUCAGAGGAGAGAGAGGGAACAAGACGCCAGACAGAGACAGAGUCUGCGAGGCAGAGGCCCAGCGGUUCAGGUUCUGUGCCUGUGUGUCAGAGGCCUGAGGAGCUGGCCAGACCCCAUCUGGGCUCCCCCUCAUUUGUACUCAGAUUGCCUUUUGAAGAGCUAUCAUCCACGCCAGGCAUCCCCUCCAGCACAGGGCCAGCCCCAGCCCCUGCCAUCUUCCAAAGCCCCAGGGCCCUGGGUACAGGGUCUCUCCAGCUGGGGCUGGCCUACCACAGCCCAGCACAAAGGCCGGGGUCCCAGCUGAGCUCCUACCCUCCGAUUAUCCCAGAUUAGGGAGCCUGUGACCAUCUGGACACAGCUGAUAAUGGCAGAAGGGGGAGGGGUGGAGGGUGGAGGCCUAGCCCCUCAGAGCCUGUCUGCCCCCCGCCCCCACGGAUAACACCCAGGACAAAGCCUGGAAGGUGCCAUAUUGCUUGUUUACCCUGGCAAGAGCCUGAGUAGAAAAGCAGGGGCGAAUCCAGGGCAAGCUCCCCUAAGGACAUGGCUGCCUCACCUGGGCUGGGCACUUCCUGUGUGCCAAGCAGACUGCCCCAUUUCCCUCAUGAUGAUCAUUUGUGCCCUCAAUGCUCUUUCAUGCAGUGCCGAUGCCCUUCCCUCACCUGCCCGAGGCCAGCCUGACAGCCUCCACCCCAGAGCUGACCACUCUCCUGUGACCCUUCCUUAUCUGCCGCUCUUCCAUCGCCUGACAUAUGGCCAGGCCUUCACACGUGAUGUCUCUGGUCUCUCCUGACACACCCACAGGAUGUCCUUUGAGGCAGGAAAGGUGUCAGCGUCAUCUCCGUGUCCCCCAGUGCCUACAAUAAGGCCUCCCACAGAACAUGCUAAAUCAAAGUUUCCUGGAUUUCUAUCUCAUAAUACCUGCGAGGUAGGUAUUAUUUCCCCCCUCCCCCCCCAUAAAUGAGCAGAGACUCAGAGUUGUGAAGUGACUUGCUUACUAAGGUCACCGGGCUGUUGAGUGAUGGCAGAGCCAGGAUUCCAAAGUGGGUCCAGCAAUCUCCAAAGCUGCCCUCCCCACGUGGCCUCGCCCAGGCUCUGCUAAUCUGAGAAGAGCAUUGCGUGCAGCCCAGCUGUUGCUCAGAGGUAGGAGAUGUAUCAUUUCCACCACGGGAAAUCCAGCCCAGUGGGAUACUGUCCCUGCCCUUCGGGGUCUCCACCUGGAAGAGUGGAGACAUGGUUCAUGUCCCUGGUGUGUGAGGCUCACAGGAACACAAGCAAAAGGUGGCACCCCAAGUGUCCUGAUUUCCUAGGACUACUGGUUAGAUGGAGAGACCAUACAUAUAUGGAGGGUCUCCCUGGCUCCUAGUCUUCUGCUCUCCCCCCCCGCCCCACCUCACCCCUAGGCUGCCUGCUGAAUGGGAGGGACUGUUACCGUUCAGUGAGAGACCAGACCCCAAGUCCUGAGCACUAAGCCCUUAGCCACACAGGUUUGCCAUCCUCUCUCCAGCUGAGAACAGAGACUUAAGUCUUGGUAUACCAUCACAAGCCACUGGACUCAAAUUUAGUUUCUGAGUUUCUUUGAGGAGGUCUAAUUAUUUGUAAGGACUGUUAUUCUUUCUAGUGGGCUUCAAGAACAAUGAGAAAAUUGACUUAUUUUUUAAAAAAUAGAAUGAAACAUUCUGUCUUGCAAUCACCAUAUGGACUUUAUAAACCCAAAAUACAUUAUGAGAUCUUGAUGAACUUAUUUUUCCUAUAUCUUGAAAAACUUUGCUGUUUUAGCCUAAAAAUUAUUUCACAGUACUCAUCAAUUAUUCCCAACUAUACCAAACAAGACUAAGAUGGUAAGAAAAUGGAAGAAUGAUGGUAUUGCCUAGAAGGAAGACGCAACAGUGAAAAGAACCACUACUAUUUACAUCAUCCUUCAGUUUCCAUAUUGCACUUCCCAAAGUACUGUAUAUCAUCUUUCAAAAAGGUAUGAGAGAAGUCUAUAGAGACAUUGGUUGAGAAUUAAGGGGUUUUUCUUUCUCCGCUCGUAAUGACAGAAGAGAAGACACCUGACAGACGUCUCACACUUCUUAGACAAAUAGGAAAAUGAAUGCAGACACAGCAGCACUCUAGUCUCUAAAGAUGAUGGGGAAACUGGUCACACAAGCAGUCUUUCCUAGAUGAAUUUUCUCAAACUCAAGAGUGGGCGAGUGAACGAUAUUCUUUCUUUUUUUUUUAAAGAUUGACACCUGAGCUAACAUCUGUUGCCAAACUUUUUUC